UAUAUAUUCAGUCAGAUAAGGUUUGGGUGUUUUGGUUAAUUUCAUCAUGAAAACAUGGAAAAAGUGUAAAUCUUUGGGGUGGUUUGUCGGGAAAAGGAGGUCAAAGUUAGGGUGUGAUGAUGAAGAUGGGAGGAAAAAGCUCCGGCGGGUGGCGCCGGAAGGGUGUUUGUCGGUGUACGUGGGGGAAGAGGGGCGGAGGUUCGUGAUCAAGACGGAGUACGUGAACCACCCGCUGUUCAAGAUGCUGCUUGAAGAAGCGGAAUCGGAGUACGGUUACGACGCCGGAGGGCCGCUGAAGCUCCCCUGUGACGUUGACCUUUUCGUUAAGGUUUUGGUGGAGGUGGAGAUGGAUUCCGACGACGACGAUAUUUAUGUUCGCCGUGGAUGCGCCUUCGCUAGGUCCCCCGCCGCCGCCUACCACCACCUUUCUCCGUCGCCGUUUUAAGCUUUUAAUUAAUUUGUCUGGAUUAUAUAUUAAAACUGCGUUUACACUCUGUGUGUGUGUGUUUUUUUUUUUGUUUGUUUUGUAAUUUGCAAAAGCUUUUGCUACAUGUACAAAUUUAUAUGUGCAGAGCCCGCAGAAAGUGUUUUAUAUUUUCAUUCUUAUUUUAUUA